AGAGAGAGAGAGAGAGCAUAGCGCGCAUGCAGGGCUGAGAGCACUGCGCACUCACUCUGUCCGCGCGCGAUGGCAGCGGCGCGCGCCUGAAAGUGGCGUUUCAUCUCGCCGUCUCUGUCCGGUUACGCGUAACGCUGGCCAAGUGUCCACCGCCGUUCGACUGACGUGACGGCUCGCUCGCGCGUCUGGCUGCUUCAUGUCGCGCGCUCCUCUCACCUUUGCUUCCCAUCCGCCUGACGACGACGACGAAGAUAAGAGUAACGAGAAUGUAGAGAAAGUGCGCGCUCGUGUGCGCAGGAGACGCGGACGCUUUCAUCUCGCAGCCGAGAUCAUGUUCCCGCUGCUCCUCGACUUCUCCUUCACCGGAGUACGAAGCGAGGUCUCGUGAACUUUUCAGCUGAAGGAGGCAGCUUUUUCCGCUUUAUUGUUUCUCGUUUUUCUUUUUCUUUUUCCUUUUUUUUUCUUUUUGCUUCCGUCAGCCCACACUGACAGCCCCCCGUCCCUCACCUGAGCACGAAACGCGCGUCCUUGCUCUCGUGCGUGCGUGCGUGGUGCGCGCGGAUCCGGAGCCCUCGCGGAUGCGCGAGCGUAGCAUGUUCGCGUUCAGGCCGUGUGGAGUAAGAGCGCUGAGGUGAAGGUUGGAAAGGAGAGCGAGCGUCGACAUUUGGGGAGUCCAACGUCAAUGGGAGGAGGACUGAUCUGGAAUCGCUGUCGACAAAUAUGUGGAUAAAACGGUGUAUAGCGCGCAGUUCCAUGGCUGCUUUGAAGCCUUCAGGCCUGCUGGGAUGCAGAAUGUGGAUCCUCUUCGCCCUCGUCCACCUCACUAUGGACCUGUCCCUGUGUGCUCCAGUAGGACAGGGCCUGCCACUCAAGCUGCUGCCCCGAUCAGCGCCACGCAUGCGGCCUCGUCCCCUACCCACCCGGGAUGCACCCAGCGCCCAGCACUGGAGGACUCUGGGCUCUUGGCAACGGAGUGUCCCAUCUCCUCCUGUCCCAUCACCUGGGUACAGGGGAGGAGCAGGAUUAUGGGGGUUGGGGUCCAAAUCGCGGAGGCACAGACGUCAGCUUUGCGAAGGGUGCAGUUCUAAAUCACACCCCUCAGAGGGUGGGGAGUCGCUGGAGUUCUUGGAGGGGAGUAAAGCUGAUAUCUUGCAGCAUUUGUUCCGCUCGCGGAGGCAGCUGAAAUGGGAUACCUAUGACAGUUCACAGGAAGGCAGGACCACCACGGUGGCCGGAUUUAUCGACUGGGGUCCAACAGGGACAGACGAGGGUGCGGAUGAUGAGGUUAAGGUGAUCCCUAAUACCACAGCCACCACAAAAUCCUCCACCACCACCACAACAACUACCAUCACCACCACCACCACACGCAGCCCCCAAAGGACUUACGCGGUGGUCACCACCCCCCAUCCCCGGAGGCUGAGCACCACACAGCCUACGAUUAACCUCGGGGUGACCGUCAAACCACCGAAGCCAUUUGGGGACACACCAGGUCUGGCAGUACAUCAGAUCAUCACUAUCACUGUUUCCCUCAUAAUGGUCAUCGCAGCCUUGAUAACAACACUAGUCCUUAAAAACUGUGCGUGUUUUUGUAGCUGUGCACAGUCGGGGAAUGGCCGCCACACUAGCCACCAGAGGAAGAUCAACCAGCAGGAAGAGAGCUGUCAGAACCUGACCGAUUUCACGCCGGCCCGCGUGCCCAGCAAAGUGGACAUCUUCACCGCCUACAACGACAGUUUACAGUGCUCUCAUGAGUGUGUGCGCACCGCCGUGCCAGUCUACACGGAUGAGAUGAUCCAGCACACACCCAUUUACAAGACCACGUACAACGGGAAUAGACCAUCGCCAACUGAAAGGCAGCUAAUCCCCGUGGCCUUUGUAUCUGAGAAAUGGUUCGAGAUCUCCUGCUGAGGCCCUUUUACUACCUGUGGGUCGCUGCAACUUCCUCAAUUUGGUCCCUGGAUCCCAUUGGACAAAACCUCCAGUUCUCGCGAUAAGGAAAUAACAAUACAAAACAAAGGCAAAACAUAACAAAGACCCAAGCAAUUGCAGAUGGAAGAGCAGGAACGAACACACGGCUUUUGUACAAAUGGUGGAUCUCCCUGGACACGGAGCGAAGAUGUUUAUUUUUCUAAGCUGAUCGCAAAGAGAGCAGUGCUACGGUUGUCACUCCAGAUUAUUUUCCAUAGACUUCUGGUCAUUUAGAGAUGACACAGUAUACUUAGAGUAAAUAUAUUAUAUACAUAUAUUACUGUAUGUGUGGAUGUGUUGGGGAAGAUCACCGUUGCAGACGUUUUGGAGAGAUCUUUUCCGAAGGGGGCUGCUUUUGGUGAAAAAGGGGGGUGAACAGACUUUUCAGAACUAUGUGCCAAUAACGCCAAUAUGUGCCACUUUAUGUACAGAUGGGAUGCGUCUGAGAGUUGGUUGAAAACUACAGACAACACGACGAGUCAUUUCUGUGACGGUAUUCUAUAUCAACCCAUUCCUUUUUUUUUGUAUAGAAAGUACAAAUAUGUAUUUGAAAUAUGUUUUGAAAUAGUUGAACAAAAAAAAUUGUGUUGCAGACAUCCAAAAAUAUUUAUAAGGAGCACUAUUUGGUUAGAUAAAAGAAAAGAAAAAAUGAUCCCUGGCCCAACUUUUGAGUUUAGCGUAUUGUUAUUAGGCCCUGUUUUAAACGGAAUAGUCUUCUCUAUUUUUGUACAAAGAGGUAACUCACACGUCACUCAGUUCCACUGCACCUGAACUUCUGGGACUGUUAACUUCCCAUCUGAGAUUCAGCCAGGAGGCAACACCUUUUCUUUUUUUUUUUUCCAGAUUCAGCAGUCAUCCACUGAAAUACUGAAAUAUAUUCUUUUUUUAUUAUUAUUAUUAUUUUCAUUCACUCAAGCCAUGCCUCAACUAUUUUUUUUUUAAGUCUUUUAAUUGCUGCUGGGUGAGAAUUGACAUUAGCGCUGUUGGUUAGCCACAGUCCUUCGAAUCUCCAGUGAAGUUCUUUUUGUACUGAUCAAUACUGUCAAAGAGCCUCAGUCAAAGCCUCAUAUUUUUAACAGCAGUACGCAAUACAUUUUGAUUGUUUGUGCAUCAAAGUGAAAGAAGAUAAUGCUUUUUUACAGGAAUAAACAAUGUACAGCUAUUAGUAUUCUAGGGCUUAGGAUCAAACACUGAAUACUCUGAUUUAUUUUUGUGCCAAGUCAUUGUUGAGUGCCAAGUUGAUGAUUAUUCUUUUUUUAACAAUCCUAUGUAACAUGCAUAUUAUUUAUUCGUAUGCUUCGGAAAUGAAGAUGUACUGAAAUAUAGGAAUAUAUGUAAACAAACGCAGGAACUUCACCUGGUGUGAUACUAAAGUGUUUUUUUUUCCUAAUUAAUUCAUUAAUUUAUUUUUUAUUUUACUCAAAUCUACAUGAGUAAUCUGAAUAUAAUACAACACUUUUUUUUUGUUUUUAACUUCUCACCUUUGUAUUGUCCUCAAAGUGAGCAAAACAGAAAGGAAGUUAAUUGUGUUUCCCCACCAGCAGAAAUGCUCGAAAUGUACAAUGUUUCAAAAAUAAUUGUAGCCACAAAAUUCAACAACAAAAACAAAACAGUGAGACGUCCAGUGAAGUAGUGGACACUUUAAAUGCAUGAAUGUGUGUGUGUAUGUGUGCACACUUCUCUCCUUUUCCCUGUGUGUGUGAUGUGCAUAUCUAAAAUCAACAUAAACAAAUACAAGGCCAAAGAGUUGGUAGAUAGUGGAAUUUAGGUCAUUUUACUGACAAUAAAUAAAGUAAAUAAACUAAAUAUAAUAUAUCCAAAAACAAAUACAUAUUACGUUUGUGAUUGGGUGAAAAAAAAAAAUUCAAAAUAAUACAACAAGACAAUAGCUCGCAGUCUAAAAUGCAUUACUGAUCCAAUUUAAGCCGCCCAUAUAAACCGGAUAGACUUAAU